AUGAACUUACAACAGAUUAUGAGACCCAGUUCAAUUAGCGCAGACGGCAUCAAGGUCUUCGCUGGCGCUGAGCAGGAUGCCAACCUCUUCUUCAUCACCGUCGAGGCCAAGCUCAUCGCCGCUGGCAUCGACGCUGGCAUCAUCGCCGAGGGUGGUGCUGACCACCAAGGAGACGGGCAGGCUCCAGCAGCUGCCUCAUCGCCGAGCCCAAGCACCCACGGUGCUUCGGGUCCCCGCACUCGCUCCCGCGCUCAACGCGGCCCUCGCCGCACUGGCGCCCGCCACGACGUGGCGGACCAUGAUGACGACGAUGACGAGGGCGAUGGCGACGACCACGGCGCUCAGCCAUCUUCCUCCUCUUCCUCUCUCCAUUCUUCGGCCACUCCGAGCGGAGGAGCGCAGGUGGCGUCCCGAGCCUCUGGCCUGCUGGAUCCCCGUGAUCCACAGGUUGACGCAGCCAUCUUCGCGUUCCUCCUUGGCGUCCUGACGGGACACCCGCUGCGGCUGGCCAUCACCGACAACCGUGGCCGCUCCGGUGUGCUUGCGCUGCGCCGCCUCCGCGAGCGCUACAUCCGCAGCGGCAAGGACCACGUGAGUCGCCUCAGGCAGCAGCUCUCUUCGACCACCUGGUUGCCCACGGACACCGUCGACACGUUCAUGUCCCGCAUCACGGACAUCAACUCGCAGCUCCUCGCUGCCGGCGUGUCCAUCCCGGAGGACGACCUGCGCACCCUCGUCCGCAACGAACUCCCCGCAGAGUUUGAUGUGGCGAUGCGGUUCAUGGAGCGCGAGGACCCGCCGCCAUCGCUGUCCAAGAUGACGGCGGACCUCAUCCAGGAAGAGCGCCGCCUGCAUCGUCCAAAGAAGCGCACGCCCGUGCUCGCCAUCGGCGGGCCAAGCCCCGGCUCCUUCGCUGCAUCGCCGAUGCACGCUGGCACGUCGCCCUCCGACACGAGCGGUGGACCAUGCUGUCCACCUGCAGAGCGCGUGACUUGCGCGUUCUGCAACUUCCGCGGCCACUGCGCGCAGCAGUGCCGCAAGCUGCAGGCGGCCAAGCGCUACCACGUCAUCGACUUGCGGCAGAUCCUGGCUACGCUUCGCAACCACGGCAACGGCAACGGCAAGCGGCCAGGAUCCUCUCGCCCACAGCACGGACGAGCAGCUCUAUUCAAGAAGGCGGCCGUCCUGCUCUACGCCGACAUCGCCGGUCCGCUGGAGGAGACGUCGCUGCGAGGUGCACGCUACGCGCUGACCUUCAUCGACGACUGCACGCGUUUCGCCUGGACGUUCCUCAUCCGGCACAAGAACGACGUCGGCGCGGCCCUGGAGCAGCUGCGCAAGGACCGCCACGUCGUCAACGCACUCCGAGGCGCCACGCUGCAGACGGACAGCGACGCCGUCUUCAAGAGCCAGGACUUCACCGACCUGUGCCUGGCCUUCGACAUCAAGCAGCGCUUCUCGCCACCGCACUCGCAGGCCAAGAACGGAUCCGCAGAGCGCACUUUCCGCACCCUCUUCGAGACGGCGCGUACGAUGCUGUUUGCUGCGGACCUGGACAAGCCGUUCUGGGGCUUCGCCGUGCAGCACGCCACGCUGCUGCACAACAUCGCGCCACGCAGGAGCCUCAAGGACAAGUCACCCUUCGAGGCCCUGACUGGGCACGCCUUCGACGUCAGCCUGCUGCGCGUCUUCGGCUCGCCGGCCUACGUGCAUGUGGAGAAGAGCAGCACGCGGCACAAGCUUGACCCACGCUCACGCGUUGGCGUCUACGUCGGCUUCGCCGAGGAGGACCAGGCCCACGUCGUCUGGAUGCCGGACACGCGACGCGUUGUCCACACCAUCCACGCUCGCUUCGGCGCCAUCAAGAACAAGGACGCCGCCUCCUCUCAGCAGCAGCAAGAGCAGGACGACAGCGGUGCCUCUGCUUCGCAUGCCAACAAGACCGCUCAGCGUUCAACCGAGGACAGUGCCACUGGCGCUCCCACUGCACCACGUGCGGGGGAGCCGCAGCUCCAGCCACGCGCCCUUGGCGGCUCCGUCUGGGAUCAGCUGCUGUUGUCCGAGACCCUCGGCGACAAGGACACCUCUGGUGGCUCAACCACCACGUGUCACGUUGCCACCAGCGCUGCUGGUACGGGGGAGAAGACAUCAGCAGUGGGUGGUCAUCUACCAGACAUCGCUGCUGGCAGUGUUGCCACGUCAGCUGAGCCAGCCACCGUCAAGGAGGCGCUUGCCUCGCCAGACUCCGAGGAGUGGCGCCAAGCCAUCCUGGACGAGUUUGCGGCAAUGCAGGCCAAUGACGUCUACGACGUCGUGCCUCGCGCUGACCUUCCCAAGGGCCACAAGCUGCUCCGCAGCAUGGUCAUCUUUCGGAGGAAGCGCGAUGACCAGGGCAAGGUGAUCAAGUACAAGGCGCGCUGGGUUGCCAAGGGCUACUCCCAGGUCCACGGUGUCAACUACACGGACACCUUUGCCCCGACGGCUACCAUCGCAGCCAUCCGCACCAUGCUCGCCAUGGCCGUCGCGCGUGGCAUGGACAUCCAGCAGAUGGACGUCAACACGGCGUUCCUCAACGCGCCCGUGGAUCACGAGAUCUACGUCCAGCCACCGGCCGUCGACGGCAUCUUCUCGCCGAAUACGGUGCUGCGCCUCAAGCGUGGGCUGUAUGGGCUGAAGCAGAGCCCGCGCCUGUGGAACCACACGCUGGACGCCUGGAUGCGCGAGCAGGACUUCGUCGCCACAGCCACGGACGCCUGCAUCUACCGCCGCACCUGCAAGGGUGGCAAGGUGAUGUGGGUUGCCGUCUACGUGGACGACCUGCUCAUCUUCGCCGACAGCGACAGCGACAUGGCCGCGUUCAAGAACUCCAUCUCCAAGCGCUUCAAGAUGAAGGACCUGGGCAGCCCAGACAUUUGUCUCGGCAUCAAGGUGCAGCACGACCGCAAGGCCAGGACCGUCACCAUGAGCCAGGAGCACUACCUGCGCAGCGUGCUGGAGACCUUCGGCAUGGCUGACUGCAAGCCUGUCGGCACGCCGCUCUGCACGGGCUACGUCGACAAGCCAGCCGACAAGGAGGAGCCACUCCCGGAUGUGCCGUUCCGCGAGCUGCUUGGCUCCCUCCUCUAUGCUGCGACGAUGACGCGCCCAGACAUCUCGGCGGCUGUCUCCAUCCUCUCUCGCCGUAUGCAGCACUUCGGCAUGGACCAUUGGAAGGCUGCCAAGCACCUUCUUCGCUACAUCAAGGGCACCUUGUCCUACACCAUCAAGUACGCCGCCACUGGCGACACCAGCAACGGCAGCACUGCCGACGGCGUGCUCUCAGCGUACUCGGAUGCGUCGUUCGCCUCCGACGUUGACACGCGACGUUCCCGCACGGGCUUCGUCGUCUUCUGUUCCACGGGCCCCGUGUCCUGGAACUCCAAACUGCAGGCCACCGUGGCCACAGCCUCCGCCGACGCGGAGUACAUGGCUCUCGCAGCCACCGCACAGGAACUCAUGUUCCUUCGCCAACUCCAGGAGGAGCUCACCGGCGCCGCCCUGUGCGAGCCCACGCUCGUCCACACGGACAACCAGCCGGCGCAGCGCGUUGCCGAACACGCCGCCUCGCGUAUGCGGCACAUCCUCGUCAAGUACCACUACAUCCGCGAGUGCGUCGACACCAAGAGGAUUGUGCUGAGCUACCUCGCCACGGAGCACAUGAUCGCAGAUCUCCUCACGAAGAUCCUCCCUCGGCCCAAGACGGCUCAGUUCUGCACGAUGCUGUUCGACCAGCGUCCUCUGCCAGGCUGCCAGCCACGGGCCCGUCCUCAUUCGGGCCGAACAUCAACGCAGCAGAGAGCUGACGGGGUGUUGCACAUUGCGCAGACACAGGCCAUCAACGACAUCAUCAACGACUACAACCUGGCAGCGGCAGCCAGCGUGUCCACGCCCAUGCGUGUUGGCAUCGACGCCUCCAGCAUCAGCGAGCAGCCCGACCGACGCCUGCCUUUCCGCAACCUCGUCGGCUCGCUCCUGUACCUGGCCAACCGCACGAGACCAGACGUCAGCUUCGCGUGCGGGCUGCUCUGCCGUUACAUGGACCGUUACACGACGGUCCACUGGCAGGCAGCCAAGCACGUCGUGCGGUACCUGAAGGCGACGAGCGAGCACGGCCUCCUCUUCAAGCGACGCAGCGGCACGCGCAAGGACCAGCCGCUGGACCUUGUGUGCUACAGCGAUGCCAGCUUCGGCACAGACCAGCUGACGGGCCGCUCCACGACGGGCUUUACCUGCUACAUCAACGGCUGUCUUGUGUCUUGGAGCAGCCGGCUGCAACCCACGGUUGCGCUGAGCACCGCCGAGGCCGAGUACAUGGCCAUCUCCGCUGCAGCGCAGGACGUUGUCUUCCUGCGGCAGCUGCUCAUGGACCUCGACGAGCCCGAGGCUGGAGCCACCAAGAUGCUGACAGAUAACCAGGCGGCCAUCGCCAUCGGCAACGACCACGUCACCAAGCCGCGCACGAAGCACAUCCCGGGUACGCCACCACUUCGUGCGGAGCUCAUCGCCGACGGAACCAUUGUGCUGCAGCACUGUCCCGGGCACGCAGAUGGUUGCCGACGCGCUGACCAAGGCACUGGACAAGCACACCUUUCGAGCAGCACCUGCCACGACUGGUGGGAACCUCGGCGGCUGAGACGGAGCAGAGGAAGGCAGUUGAGGGGGAGUGUUGAGAGUCAGUGA